GAUCGUGACCUCCCCAUAUCCAAACCUGCCGGUCAGGUCAAGAGCAUCACGAAAUUUUUCUUUUCUGGCCCCGCGCCUCUUCUCGGUACCAUGGCGCCGAUUAGCGAUGAAACCUCGCACCUGGUCAACGCUCUGGCAACGCCAGAGCAGCUGGCCGUCUCCAACUCGCAGCAAGACGGCGUCUCCGCCGAGCUGGAGACGUCCAUGAUCUUCGCCGGGUCACGACUGACACAAGCCGCUGGGAUGCUGCUCAGGCUGCCGCAGGACAUCAUCGCCCAAGCCAUCGUCCUCUUCCAGCGCUUCUGGGUCGGCCCCGAAGGAGGGAGUCUCCACAAGCACGAUGUUCAAGACAUUUCCGCCGCGGCGCUGUAUCUGGCAGCGAAACUGUCCGCGCUGCCCAAGUCGCCAAGAAGCGUCGUCAACACGUACGCCUACCUGGGCUCGUUCAAGGCAACCUUCGUCGCGCCGCGGGCCUAUGCGGAGGCCAGCGACGCCGAGGCGUACUACGUGUCCGAGGGCGCGUAUCAGGUGCGCAGGGAGAAGCUCGUCGCCAACGAGCUGCUCGUCCUGCGCACCCUCGGCUUCGACGUCCACGUCGCGCUGCCCUACAGCCUCUGCGUCAACUACCUGCAGGCUCUCGAUGUCUUUGCCGACCGCGACGCCGCCUCGCGGCUGGCCAGACGCGCCUUCGCCCAGCUCAACACCGCCCUGCUCAGCCCCCAGCUUCUCUUCCUGACCCACCAGCCGUCCUCCCUGGCCACCGCCGCCAUCUACCUCGCCGCGAGGGAGGUCGGCGUCAAGCUUCCCGGCGACGAGUGGUGGGAGGUUUUCGAUACGGAUAGGGAGGAGCUCGGCUUCCUCGUCGUCGCCAUGCUCAGCAUGGAGGGUUUCGUCCGCCGCGAGGCUGACAAGUGGGCCGACCGCAGUGUGCCAAGCAUAGCUUGACGAUGAUCCCAAGCCUUCAUUCUGGACUCUGAAGAUCCCCCUUGACACGCCGUCACCAAAGCCGCCAUUCGGCGGUCGCCUUUCGUGCUAUCUGCUAACAAUCCGCUGGCAGGGGAACGGUGCUCGGCGAAACACUUGGAAAGGGAGGGGGGGAGGAGGGGCCAAGCAUGGGUUUCAAAAGUUCUUGCAUUGGUUGGAUGUCUACGGUGGCAGCUCGCCACUCCAAGUUCACCAAUCUAACUAUGGCGUACCGCGAAAGGUAACAAUAUACUCCGAACCUCAAACCCACCCAUCCGGCCCGCCAAAUCCUUGUAGAUAGUUCCCAAAUUUCUAUGCCGUACUGUCACAAACUAUGUACAAUGUAUUGUGUAUAGUUCAUACUAUCAGAAGUGAACUAUGAUACCCCGUCCCAAAAGAAAAAGAUGAUGGGGAGAAUCAAGUAUAUAGAAAAAGGAAAUACUAAUAAUAAUAAUAAUAAAAAAAAACCCCUGCC